AUGCCUUCGACCGAGAAGCAAAAGGACCUCUCCCGGCGUCAUCGCUCUUUCAAGGGAUGUUGGACCUGUAAGAAAAAGAGGGUCCAGUGUGACGAAGCGCGCCCAGCCUGCCAAAAAUGCAGUUCCCGAGGUCUGACUUGUGAGGGAUACGAGAUCCGAUUGCGCUGGGGAGCUGGUAUCGCCUCCCGGGGGAAGUACUCGGGCGCCGAGAAGCCCGUGAAAGAUUCUAUACCCCUACGGUCGAAGCGAAGAUUGGAUAUGCGAGACAAGGAGGGGGACAGAUGUUUUCCAGGGGAUGAAGAUCGUCAACCUGCUGUGGUCUCGCAACCUCUGACGAAAGAAGGUAUUGCUCAUCAAAAUGAAUUAGUUGCUGAGCGAGCAACAGUCAAUAUACCAAACUCGGGGGAACCGAAUUCUCCACGGAACUUAGCUAUCAGCAAGCAUUUUGAGAUACCUACAUCCUUAGCAACUGCUGUGGCUGUGAAUGGUCGGGAUGAAGAUAUAUCGAGUCAAUAUGCCCAGAACGCGGGCCGACGGAGUAUAUUGGCUUGA